CCGAUCGGUUCGGUUUCGGUUUCGGGAGAGAAAUUGCUUAGCCAAGUUAGCUGGCCAGCAAACCGUUUCGCCUACAAAGCACCGCAUUAAGCCAUAAAAAAAAAUAAAGAAACAACAAAUUACUUUGCAAUGCACCUGUGCGUGGCCCUGUGGGUCUGCGGUGUCAUCCUGGCGGUGCUUCUUGGUUGGCAGCAACGCAAGUGCUGGCGCCUCAUCUGGCAGCUGAAUGGCUGGCGAGGAGUGGUCCAUCAGCCGCUGCUCUGGUUCCUGCUCUGCAUCAAUCUGCAUCCGAAUAGCAUUCUGGAGAAAGUCACCUAUUUUCGGGUGUUUUUCCAGCGUCCCAUGGCUGUUCUCUUGGGCACUCGCGUCCUGGUUUAUAUAGACGAUCCAGCGGGGAUGGAGUGCGUGCUUAAUGCACCCGAGUGUCAGGACAAGACCUUUCUGCAGGAUGGCUUCUUCGUGAAUCGCGGCCUGCUUCAUGCCAGAGGCCAGCAGUGGAAGCUGCGCAGGAAGCAGCUUAAUCCCGCCUUCAGUCACAACAUUGUGACCAGUUUCUUCGAUGUUUUUAAUUCGGUGGGCAACCAGAUGAUCGAACAGUUUGCCACUUUGCCCCAGCUUCAUGGCAAAUCGGUCAGUUUCACGGAUGCCGAGGAUAUGCUCAGUCGAGCUGUUUUGGAGGUAUCUUGCUUGACCAUAAUGGGCACACCCACAAACUUCACCCAGAUCGAUGAUGACCACAUUGCCCACAGCUACAAGAGACUCCUGGAGAUAUCAGCCGUUCGGGUGGUGAAACCCUGGCUACAGAGUGACCUGCUGCAUCGUCUACUCGAGCCAGAACUUUAUGCAGAAUCUAAAAAGAACUGUCAGCUUUUGGAGGAUUUUGUGGGCGGCAUCGUGAAGACCAAGCAUCGCAACUGGCGGCUAAGGGAUGCUGUAGGUGCGGCUGGACCUGGUGAGGAUACAUCCUCGGGCUGGCAGCGACGCAUCUUCAUUGAGCAAAUCUUCCAGCUGGCUGCCAAUGGAGAGAUGACGCUCGAGGAGAUUAUGCACGAGGCCCAGUCCAUGGUUCUGGUGUCCUUUGAGACGGUGUCCAAUAGCAUCAUGCUGGCCCUGCUCUGCCUGGCCACGCACAAGGGCGACUGCCAGGAGCGCCUGCGGGCGGAGAUUGCAGCCGUGGUGCCGGAUACUAGUGGCCAUGUGGGCUUGGAGCAACUGCAGCAGUUGCGCUAUCUGGAUGCCUUUGUCAGUGAAUCCCUGCGGUUGCUGGCCACCGUGCCCAUGAAUCUGCGUCAUGUGAGUCGAGACUUUCGCCUGGCCGGACGGGAUGCCAUUGUGCCGCAGAACAGCAUCGUGGUGCUGGACACUUUUAAUAUGCAGCGCGACGAGCGCUGGUGGGGAGCCAAUGCCAAGCAGUUUGAUCCGCAGAGGUUUCUCGACCAGGAUCAGGACCAGCAGCCAGGGGAGACUCCAGCUCGAGGAGAGCCACGAAGACAGCGGGAUAGAAGGCACUCCUACAGCUUUCUGCCGUUCUCCAAUGGUUUGCGGUCCUGCAUAGGUCGUCGCUAUGGCCUCUUCAUCAUGAAGGUCUUUCUGGUCAAGCUGAUUGCCAACUUUGAGUUUCAGAGCGAUUUUCAGCUGGAAAAACUGCAGUUUGUGGAAAAUAUAUCCCUAAAGUUUAAGAAUGUCGACGACAUCCGUCUGGCCAUCCAGCCUUAUCGGGUGUCCCAAGCCUCUGCAUAAUCUCUAGGGUAUAGG